GUGAACUGAACGCAGCCCGGAUUUUCUCUGCCUGAAUGAGGAAGUCCGGAGGGGUGGGCGCGACACCGUAUAUAAUCGCGCGACUGCUCUUCCUCCUGCUUCACUCCCUGGUCCCUGCGAGCCGCUCAGUCUAUAGGUGUUUAUAGUCAAAUCAGUGCUGUAGAACCAUGGCGUGGGAUGGCUAUAUAACCAACCUGAUGGCGGGAACACCUCCCUUUGUGCAAGAGGCAGCGAUCUGCGGUUCUGAUGCAGGGAAGGAGUCGGUCUGGGCAGCAACACCUGGAGGUCAACUGGCUGGUGUGACGGUUGCAGAGAUCAAGGCGAUGAUGUCAUUGGAUCGUUCUCCUCUCUUCGCCAGUGGUCUUCAUCUCGGUGGGAACAAGUGUACUGUCCUGAGAGAUAAUCUCCACACUGAAGAGGACAACACUUUAGAUGUUAAGAUGAGGCCCACUGCUACUGAUCCCCUUUCCUACAGCAUCACCAUCGCAAAGACUGUCCAGACUCUGAUCAUUGUUAAAGGGAUGAAGGACAUUCCUGGAGGAAAGAUCAACAUAAAGGCCUCCGACAUGAAGACUUACCUGAGGAAGAAUGGCUACUAACGCUUGACCCCUGACCCCGACACUCCCCUUAGAUGCUGGUCUUGGUUCAGUUUAGCAUUCCCCCACUAAUGCUUAAGGUUAGGAUUGGGGGAAGCUCAUCUGUGCCUAGUGGAAAUGUCAUCCCAGCAGCCUCAGUGCCUUGUUGUUUUUGAUGAUGAUGAUAUGCAAAUGAUCAAACAUGUGAAAUUGUCAUAGUGGCAAAUAAACAGAUUUAUUCUAAGAAAAUAUUUAUUUUGACUACUGAUUUAAUUAUUUAUUGAGGAGAAUGUACUUACUGUGAUGUGUAGUUAAAUCACUGUGUCUUUCUCUAUAUCCAUAUGUAUAACCAGGUCACGCUGCAGUGUUCAACCUGGGGACUGUUAACCAACUCAACAGUUACAUAUGUACAGCUAACUACGUACAGUUUGGAAAGUAUUCAGACCUCUUGAAUUUUCCAGAUUUUGUUACAUUUCAGACUUAUUUUAAAAUUCAUUUAAUUGUUUUUCCCCCUCAUCUGUCUACACUCAAUACUACACUCAGUCUACAUGAAUGUAUUAAAUAAAACAAUUGAAAUAUGACAUUUA